AACGAUACAGUCAGUAAAUACUCAACAGAGCAGCAGCUCCCGCUAUGCACUUACUCGUUUGAGUUCUCAAACUGCGCACGAAGUGCCAUAUUGGUAGUGUGCAGGACGACUCGAACGGUUUGGAAAUGAGUUUGCUUCUCAGAGGAAAAUCGCAGUCGUCGGUAGUCCCUUGAACUUUUCCUCACCACCACGUCUAAAGGAGACGAGUCGCUACUGUCUCGGUUGUUAACUCACAACCGACAUUUUAGCGAGAAAAAGCGAGUCUAGUCUGGGCUAGAUGAAUGAGCCAGUUACUUGCUAGCAGACUCGAUUGCAGCCUCCAACUCGUUACUAGUAACGACGGGGACAGGAGUGCUUGUAGUCUUUACCUGGCAGUCGUCCUGCAUAAUGCCAUUUUCGUAGUUAAAAGCUGUUAGCACAGUUGGCUUCCCGAUUGUCAGCAUGGGCGAGUGCCAUACGUUGGCAUCGUAAGUAAUUGCCUGUGUCCCGAAGGCAAUGAAUACUUUCAAAUUCGUCCAAUCAGGACCAUCAUCGUCGGCGUUUGGGGCCACGACGACCAGGUAGGCGGGCUCGUCCGCGCUUCUACCCAUAGGAGUAAAUGUUUGGGUCGUGUAUGGAUGCCGUUCCAAUGUAUCAACACGAAUCAUGAUCUGACCAGCUGGAACAAUUGGUACCGUUGGUUUACUUUGGAACAAGUUCCAACGACCAGUACAGUGAGGAACAGACGCCUGGCUGUAGUCGUUGAGAGCUUCAGACACGCCGAGGUAUUUUCGAGCACUUCCUUUGUUGGCAGUUAUAACAGUAACAUCAUCUCUUGAGACAUCCAACACUGUUCCGUAUGACUGGAACAGUUCUUGAGUAAGAGGAAGUGCGAGGACGGGCUUCAUAGCGGAGUAUUGUCGAGAGGGAAGAGAAAGAGACUGCGAAAACAGCUAAUCUGUGUAAACAGUUGUCUCUUGCUGUUGUUUAUGUAAAUUUUAAGACGUAGACUUUGUAGUCUCCGUAAUAGUCGAAUAGCUGGAAUUUGGCAAAAGAGUUACUGGUGAUCAGCCAGUUCUCUCUAUUGCAAAUUUAUGCCGCAGCUGUUUGAGCUUACCCCGUGCCACUUACACGGACCGACCGUCAUCAUUGAUACCUUUUCCUCCCACUGCUUCCUCUAUCUCCUACCCUCAGCUUCCCCACUACAGCCGACGGGUCGGCCGACGUACUGCGUCGCAGGAGCCCAUAUGGAAACGGUGCUGUCGCCGCUACCCCCUCCUAACGAGUUUCCUGUUCGCGUCGUCGUGCGCUCCAUCGCCUCAACCUCCUCUAGAGGAAUUCCAUCUUCAAACAACAACUAUCUUAACAUAGAACAUGACUGUUCAAAAUUCAAGGCUUCCUUACGGAAGUCAAUGCAAUGAACGCAGAUGCAUUGGGCCCAAUGCUUGCUUUUUCGUUUCCUGCAUUGUUCUUAUAUACCAAAUUAAGGUUAUGUGUACGUCAUCCUUUGUUCUUUUACAGCCAAUGAUAUACCGAGUUGGUUUCAGAUCUCAUGCGCUUCCGUCGGCCAUAACCUUAUUUUUUGACACUGCGAAAAUAAAGUUCAAAAGUGGACAAACAGAAAUUUACCCUUUACCAUUUUCUUUUUCAACAUUACAGAUCAAUUGAGUCGUUAUAAGUAUGAUUUCGUAAAUUAUUUCGUUAUUCUAGGACAACUAAGACAUAUGGAGUAAGAAGGAAUGUCAAUGGCUCAUGUGAUUAUGUGACAGCAACAUUGAUCACUUUCUAUAAGGAAACUUGCUCUUCCAACAUUCGGCGAUUUGUUCUCUUGUAGCAACCCAAACACCUUCCUUUGAUGCAAUGUGAGCCAUAAGCUUUUGGAGCCCUCGAAAACGGCCUGGACGACCAAUCAUGCGGCAAUGCAGACCAAUUGUAAUCAUUUUGGGAGUUCCAGCGGUUCCCUCCUCAUAAAUCACGUCAAAUGCAUCUCUUGCAUAUGUGAAAAAGUCUUCAGCAGUGCUAAAACCAGGAGCAACUGCAAAUUUCAUAUCAUUCACGUCCAGCGUGUAUGGCACAAUGAGUAGUCCUUCAUCGUCUUCAGCAUUAGGUUUUGAAGCCAGUGGAUUCGAUAACCAGUAGGGCAAAUCAUCGUUAUAUUCGUCUGAGUCGUACGGCUGCGGAAGUCCCAAGUCCUUAUACGCUUGACAAACAACCUUGCGAGUUUCUACACUGGCGCGUCCAGUGUACCAGCUUCGUGGAGUUUUUCCUGUUGGCGAUGCCGAUUGAAUGGCACGAAGGGAUUUGACAACAUGGUCGUACUCUUCUUUCGGAUCCAUGUUCUCGUAAUUAAUCCAGCGAUACGAGUGAGAACCCACUUCGCAACCGUUUUCCUCCAUAGCGGCUACUACAAUGGGGUUCUUUUCAACAGCUUGUCCAAUUGCCCAGCACGUAAAGGGAUACUUGUAUUUCUUAAAGAGAUGGAGAAUUCUCCAAAACCCGCAUCUUGAACCAUACUCAAAACACGACUCAAUAGAACGUUCUCGAACAGGACGAUUAGGAAAGGGCAUGAGGCCAGCUUCUGUCAGGAAUGUUUCAAAUCCUUCGUCUCCGUAUAGAAUGGAACGUUCGCCUCCUUCUUCGUAGUUGACUACGAAAGAGACGGCAAUCUUCGCAUCGUUUGGCCAUGGGUUUGCGUAUUUAUAUUCUCCAGCGCGUCCGGUCAAAUCCCGAGUUUCAUACAUAUUAAUUUUCGUGUUUCCCUUUUCCACUACCACGUCAAAAUUAAGAAAGCGAAAAUACCAUCAUCGCUCAUCGCCCCGUUGUUUUUGGUGCUAUCUUCGCUCCCAAUCGUACAUGAUUCUUCCUGCAUCAGCUAGAUUUCGGAUUUGUGCUGAGCUAGCCAGCUGUUCACUAUCUAUCUACGUCGUGCAUGUGCAGCAAAUGAGUACGUAAACUCGGCAAGAAAUCAAUUCAAAGACAGGUGGUUAUCAGUGUUGCCGACAAAGAAGCAUGCACGUUGCGCUUCAUGCUCAGGGAGGUCUCAACGCUUCUGGCGCACUAAACCUUCCUUUUCACCCUUGAACUUGUUUUCGUUACCCAGGUAUCCUUAAGCGAAAUCACUAAAAUGCGUUAUUACUUACUUUGCGCCGACUUCCUUGUGAUGCGUUAAAUCCUGAUGUGAAUUAUUCUCCACGGUACGCGCUCGCCCACUGUUGUGUCCACCGAACUGGCAAACGUUUUGACUUGGCUAAGUAGAUGCGAAGUACGACGCGUUUUCGAAAUGCAUCCAGUAGAUUUCAAAGAUUUGCACGUCUCAAUAGUGCAAGGCCCUUUGUGGUGACUAUACUAAGACAGCAAUCUCCUUUCAGACGACUUUACGCGUCAACAUCUACUACCAAAUAUACAGUUGAGCAGUCAGUGGAGAGGAACGCUCCUCCACAAUGGCUUUCUUUCAAAGGUUUUAACGGAAACGAAGAAAAGGUGCCCGUUAUUCAAGCGUGUCUAAAUGCUGGUGACAUAUCUCGUGCGUUGCAAAUAUUACAGAAAACAAUAGGGCAUUCAACCACAGAUGAGGCUGUUCAUUUGGUGCAUGUAUUCCUAAAACACAGCGUUUCAUGUGUACCUGUUGAAGAAGUGAUAUCCUACUACGAGCAGCUACUUAAAACUCGAAGGUUUCGGGCAGAUGCAAUUUCAUAUGCGAUUUUGUGCCAAGCUGCUAUGGUCCAAGAGAAAGCUAGCAAUUCCAGUUUCCCGAUACUGCGGAAAUUGGUUCGAAACUGGCGAAGAAUGAACCAUUCCUUGAGUGAAAUUCUUAUGGUUGGGUCGUUAGUAUUUUCUAAAAAGGAGGCUAGCGUUUUGGCCGAGCUUUUUCGACUUCCUCUGCAUGUUUAUUCCGGCGAAGAGAGGGACAAAAUGCAACUUGCAGACUUAUAUGACAGCAUAUCCAAAAACUUCGCUAACGCACAACCUGAUUUCGUAAGCCAAGAUCAGCUUCUUUCUGUGAAAACAAGAAAUAUUGGUUUAGAUAUGCUCAAAAACACACUUAGCGCCAUUCAGGCAAACUCGAAAGAUCAACUUGAAAUUGACCGUGCGGCACUCGAUAUUGGCGAGGAAGCCGAUCCAUAUAAUGCAGCUAGGCAAAGGCUUAUGGAAAAAAAGGCCUUAGAAAGCUCUAUCGCUGAAUGGAGACAUUCAUAUAACGAAAUUUUAAGAAGGGGCGAGAACCCACCUCACAGUCGAUCUCUUAAUGCUUUGUUAUAUGUUUGGUAUGAGAAACUGGAGGCAUUGAUCCAGGAGGAAUUCCGUCAAAUCGAGGACUCGGAAAACAACAAGGCCUCGCCAUAUAAAAGUCGCACUCGUGCGGAGUAUGCACAAUACCUUAAAUUGUUGUCGCCUUCAAAAUUGGCGGCGAUUACGGUAUUAGAAAUGCUUACAUUUGUUACCAAUAAACGGUACUGUACUGGUGUACGUUCAACAUUUGCUCUCAUGUCUGUCGGCCGAGCGUUUGAAAAAGAGUAUUUUUCUGAGCAGCUUCAAAAGAUUGAAGCUGAAGGAAACUUGCCCAAAAGCGUUGAUUCGAAAAAACUGUUCAGUAGUCCACGGCUAUUCAACUCUUUCGUGAAGAAGAUACGCGACAACGAAGACAAUGGAAUUGUCCAAUCUAGUCUUUACCAACCAUGGUCACCAAAUAUCUUAGUUAAGGUAGCGUCGGUUACCGUGAGUUUGUUGAUCAAUUCAGCCAAAAUUAGGGACUCUGCAUUAGACCCUGAAACGAAGAGCACUGUAUUUCAAGAUUCUUCUGCUUUUCAGCAUGGAUACAGGUAUUUAGCUGGUCGGAAAGUCGGUGUUAUUGUAGCUCAUCCAGUUCUUUAUGAUAUCCUUGCUUCAGAAUUGUCGGGUGCACAUCUUCCUCCAUAUCGACUUCCCAUGCUAGUGAAGCCAAGGCCUUGGCUUAUGUGGAACAGCGGUGGCUACUAUUACAGCAGUGAGUCCGUACUCCGUUUCAAAGAGUCACAUGAGCAAUUGCUUUACUUGAAAGCCGCUUCUGACAGUGGUCAAUUAAAGGAUCUUCUAGAAGGACUGACUGCACUGGGAAAUGUUGGCUGGAAAGUCAAUCGAAAGGUUUAUGAUAUGCUCGUCAAGAUUUGGAACACCGGAGAGAGUUUUCUGUCUAUCCCAUCCGCCAAUACAACUCUGGAUAUUCAAGAAAUGCCGGAAAAGUCUAUUGAUCCUUCUGCGAGAGCAGAAUGGUUGCGAAUGCUAAAGGAAAGAUCACUAGAUUUUGCUUCCCAGCAUUCGCAGAGGUGUGAAUUCAAUUACACCUUGGAAAUCGCAAAAGCAUUCCUACAUGAAACAUUUUAUUUCCCUCAUAAUGUGGACUUCCGUGGAAGGGCCUAUCCCAUUCCUUCCCAUCUCCAUCAUGUCAAUAGUGAUUUUUGUCGUUCGUUGCUUAUAUUUGCUGAGGGAAAACCCUUAGGAGAAGAAGGUUUCCAAUGGUUAAAAGUUCAAUUGGCAAAUUUGUUUGGUAAAAACAAAUCUACAAUUCAGGAACGAAUUGAUUUUGUUGAUAAUCACUUACAAGAUAUCUUCAACAGUGUGGAUAAACCUCUUGAUGGUGAACAAUUUUGGACAAAGGCUGAUGAUCCCUUCCAGGCCCUUGCGGUAUGUUUCGAAAUUGCAGAUGCCAUACGCUCUGGCGAUCCUUCAUCCUUUAUAUCUCAUGUUCCAGUCCAGCAAGAUGGAACAUGCAAUGGUUUACAACACUAUGCAGCAUUAGGAGGUGAUCCUGAAGGUGCAAGAGAGGUGAAUUUAGAACCAUCUAAUCGGCCGAACGAUGUGUAUGCUGCUGUUGCAGCACGCGUCAUCAGUAUACUGAAAAAGGAAGCUGCAGCUGGUGAUCCAAUGGCUGAGCUUUUGAAAGACAGGGUAACAAGGACUGUGAUAAAACAGCCAGUUAUGACAAAUGUUUAUGGUGUUACCUAUGUUGGAGCCCGGGCUCAAAUAGAAAAGCAGCUAAAAUUGCAGGAAGACAUACCCAAGGAUUUGCUUCGUGAUGCUUCUGCAUUUUUGGCUAAACGCGUGUUUCAGUCUUUACGCGCCUUGUUCAAGCGUGCUCAUGAAAUUCAAGAUUGGCUAGCGGACUGUGCGGCACUUAUCGCACACUCAGUGCCGGAAGAAGCUCUCAAACAAAAAGAGUUGGAUAAGAUGACUGCUGUGGUUUGGACAACCCCUUUGAAUCUCCCUGUCGUACAGCCAUAUCGCAAGUUUCCUUCCAAACAAAUUACGACGAAUUUACAGUCAGUGUAUCUUGAGGAUCCGGACUCGAAUGCUCCUGUCGAUCCCCGAAAACAAACAACUGCUGUCCCCCCUAACUUUAUUCAUUCUUUGGAUGCUACGCAUAUGUUUAUGACUUGUUUGAAAUGUAAAAAGAGAAACAUUACCUUUGUUUCAGUUCACGAUUCCUAUUGGACACAUGCCGCCUCAGUUGCAGAAUUGAAUGGCCUCCUUCGCGAAGCGUUUGUAGAGCUUCACUCUCGGGACAUUCUGGGAGAUUUAAAGCGGGAGUUUGAAGACCGUUACAAAAAUCACUAUGUCCAUAACCAUUAUCCUGUUGAUUCACCAGCAGGACAAUAUCUUCUACAACAAGGCGCCACUGCUAAGCGCUCGGUUGUGAAAGGGUGGGCACCGUUGACAUUCCCAGAAGUGCCUGAACGAGGAACUUUUGACAUUAGAAGCGUCCUUCACAGCCAAUACUUCUUCUCUUAAGAUUAAGCAAGAAGAACCUUUUACAUACACAAACAACCUUUGCCACCGUCUUCUAUAUCAACACUUCCGCCAAACUUUUAUUCCAUCUGUUUAGUCAAUGAAUGUCACGUAUGUUUAUAUAUAAAAAAACGAUAGGAGAAAACACCUCUACCUGGCUAAUGUGUACAACUGGGAACAG